AUGGUUUUUAUAUACACAGAAGACAACACAGAGCAUUUAUUUGUAGCAUUACAAGACGAAUAUAUUACCAACACAGUCAUUUAUAGAUUCAUGGAUCCAUAUAAUUUAAAUAAUUUUACUGAUAUAACUGAAAUUUAUACAAAGUAUUUAUUUAAAGAUAAUCUAAUUAAAAAACAUCACAAAAAAAAAUUAGCAAAAAAUAAAGUAAUUAAAGUAAUGGAUAAUAAUUUUAUUUUUUUACAAGAAAUUGUAUCAAAAGAAAUUAAAUUGCCAAAUUCACAUCUAAAGAAUUUCAACCAUUUAUUUUUAUCACCAUUUAUACUGGAGAAUCAUUAUGAUAAAGAAUCAGGUUAUUUGAAAUUAAAACAUUUAGGGGCUAAGUUAGAUGAAUAUGAUUAUUUUAAACAAUGCACCCAUUUCUUAUUAAGGUGUAAAAUAUUAGAAAAUGAUGAUUUAUUAUUAAUCACAAGAUUAGGUAUGAUGAUAUUUUCAGUGAAUCUUAAUGAUAAAAUUUAUUUAAAAUACUUUUGGAAUGAUUGUAUUGAACAAGAGAAAAAACAUUGGAUGAGACAUGAAAGUGACAAACAAUAUAUUAAAGGUAGAAUUUUAAAGGGGUUUGACAGCUUUAAAACCUCAAAUAAAUUACCUUCACCUAAUUAUAACCAAACUUGUAUUAGUGAGGUUACUUCAGGGCAAUCAUUUUCUGAAGGCUUUGCCAACUUUAAAAAAUUAAAUAGAUUACCUCCACUUAACUAUAAUUAUAUCUUUGAUAAUUAUGACCAAUCUUAUGCUGGUGGAAAUAACAUUUCAAGGCAUCCAUUCAGAGAUAUGUUAUUAGCAAUAUUAGAAGAUAUUUCUUCGUUUACAAUGUUUGCUGAUGAAAUCUUAAUAUGUGCUUUAGAUAAUCAUAAAGGUUCAAUAGUAGAACUAGUUUGUGAUAAAUGUCUAAAUUUUUUACAACAAAAUCCUGAAAUGAAUCUUGGAUUAUUAACAUUUUUAGUAAACAAAUUACCAAAAUUAAGUAAACAUUAUCCUGGGGUAGUAAAGAGAUUUCUUGAGCAAACGUCAAUGUUAUUGGAUCCUUCUUGUAAAAAAAUCUUUAUAUCAGAUUUGCCAAGUCAUUAUGGAUAUUGCUAUGACAUUGAUUUAUACAGAAAUAAUUUUUUUUGGAACCUAUAUUUUUUAUUUCAUAAUAAUAAUUAUAAAUUUACAAAAAUAAUUGAAAAGUAUUUUGAUGAUUAUCCAAUAUUUUCAAAUAAUUAUGAAAAAUAUUCUUUAAGUUUAGUUGUACCUUUACCAAAAUUCACAAUUGAAGAAAUACAUCAAAAAAUCCAAUCUAUAGAUAAAAAUAAAGACAAAUAUGAACAUCCUCCUAUAAUCUCAGACAAAUUACGUGAAUUAGUAGGAAUUCCUGUACAAAAAUUUAAAAAGGAUUUGUCAAAACAAUAUGAAGAAAUCAAGAAUGAUUUUAAAAGUAUACAAGAAAGUUAUGUGGAAUUAAAAAAUCAAUUGGAUGCUAAUAAUAAAUUUAUGAUUUAUCGAUUGAAAGAAAAUAAUGAAUAUCUCAUUGAAAAACUUACAAAUAAAACUUAA